AGCUGGGUCUCCUGGCUGCUGGACACAGACCAGGGGAAGGGGUGUUGUUUGCUGCUCAGCAGGUUUCCCCUCUGGUCUGGUAGAGCCCCAGGGUCCUCACCAUGGACUUCCAGCAUCGCCCCGGAGGCAAGACCGGGAGCGGGGGCGUGGCCUCCUCCUCUGAGAGCAACCGGGACCGCAGGGAGCGCCUCCGGCAGCUGGCCCUGGAGACCAUCGACAUCAACAAGGACCCGUACUUCAUGAAGAACCAUCUGGGCUCCUACGAGUGCAAGUUGUGCCUGACGUUGCACAACAAUGAGGGGAGUUACCUCGCGCACACCCAAGGGAAAAAGCAUCAGACCAACUUGGCCCGGCGAGCGGCCAAGGAGGCCAAGGAGGCCCCCGCCCAGCCGGCGCCAGAGAAGGUCAAGGUGGAGGUGAAGAAGUUCGUGAAGAUCGGCCGCCCGGGCUACAAAGUGACCAAGCAGAGGGACACGGAGAUGGGUCAGCAGAGCCUCCUCUUCCAGAUCGACUACCCUGAGAUCGCCGAGGGCAUCAUGCCCCGCCACCGCUUCAUGUCCGCCUACGAGCAGAGGAUCGAGCCUCCGGACCGGCGCUGGCAGUACCUGCUCAUGGCCGCCGAACCCUAUGAGACCAUCGCCUUCAAGGUGCCGAGCAGGGAGAUUGACAAGGCUGAAGGCAAGUUUUGGACUCACUGGAACCGGGAAACUAAGCAGUUUUUCCUCCAGUUCCACUUUAAGAUGGAGAAGCCACCGGCCCCGCCGAGCCUCCCUGCUGGGCCUCCUGGGGUGAAGCGGCCCCCACCCCCGCUGAUGAAUGGUUUGCCCCCUCGGCCGCCACUGCCCGAGUCGUUGCCCCCGCCCCCGCCAGGGGGCCUGCCCCUGCCCCCCCUGCCGCCCCGUGGGCCUGCGUCC